AUUAAAGAUUUUGUUGUAUUUUCAGAAAACGAAGAAUUGUCUUUAGUGGCAGCGUUCUUGGUUCUACCGUUCUUGUUUUCUCCUGUUACUUUUAAAAAUAAAAGGGGCAAAUGUAAUUGGAGACCUUCAAAAAGUGAGAUGCGAGAUGGUUUUAUUCUUCAUUUGAGAUCUCAUGCAGAAUUACAAGAAACAAUAUCAAGAAGAAAACAAAAGUAUACACAAUUAGCUUUAACAUUGCAACCUUUAAUUAUUAUCAUCGGAUCAACUAUAAGUGAUAUUUCUCAGUAUUUUGUCGUAGUUGAUGAUACAUAUUAUCUUUUAAAUUCUAUUAUUGCUGCUGUAGACUGCUGUUUUAAAAUUAUUCAUGCUCUUCAUGCAGAAUACCCAGUUGAAAGUAAACCAGUUUGGUAUUUUAUUCAAAAAGGUUUCUACAAGUUAAAAACUUCAUGGGAUACAGAAUAUGUUACUGUUAAUUCAUUAAUUAGUGAUGUAGGUAUUUUGGUUUAAAUAUAAUUAUUUUCAUUGUAA